AUACCUUCAACACACCCAAACAACUGUGAGUGCAUGAAAGUUCUCGAAAAAAAAAACUGACAUAGAAACCAGAGAGUUUUAGUUGCUGACACGACAGAGACUCCAGUCUUCAGAGUGACUUUACACAGGGUAGAAGGCUUUAUAAAUAACACUGUUACUGUGCUCCACAGCUGUCCUUUUCCCUACUACUGCCCAGCCAACAGCUCUGUUCUGAAGUCCUGUGAAGGGGGUUCCAUGCCUGUCAACACCAGUGGGCUCAGAGGAUCCAAAAACAGCUGCUGUAGAGUGUGUGAGGGCGGCACUUAUCGUCCUCAUCUCUCUGCUGUUCUUCAGUGUAUCCAGUGUCCAAGUGGAUUCUUCUGCCCCCCAGGCACUGAGCACCAUAAAAGUAAUCCCUGCCCUGUGGGACAUGUUUGUCCCACGGGAUCCAGUGAACCAACACCCUGCCCCCCAGGUUCCUUUGGAAACCUCACUCAUGGUCAGAACACGAGUGGCUGUUUCCCAUGUCCAGCAGGAACCUUUAACCACUUGCCUGCUCAGAAGGCAUGUUUUCCCUGUGGCAGUUCCUCCACCUCGCCAGCAGGUUCUUCUUCCUGUGUCUGCAUCGGUAAAAACCGUUCAUUCCAACACUCAGAUGGUUCGUGCGUGUGCAGAACUGGUUUCAUCUUCUACAAUGAUCUGGAUUUCAAAAGCUCAACCUCCGACAGUGAACUGGACUGUCAGCCCGAGGUGAAUCCACGCUGUGCCACAGGACAAGUACGUCUGGCAGCAUCCAGAGAGUGUGUGACACCCUCCAUGUACUCCUGCAAUGUCACCUGUGGACCACAGGGAGGAACUCUGGAUGUGGAGAUGGGAAUCUGCCAGUGUGAACAGUACGUGUCAGCUGAGGAGAUCUGCGGUACGUCCUGCCUCUCUCAGCUGCCUCAGCUCUCAGCACAGCUUUCAGCAGAUGGACACCUGCUGCUCAGCUUGAAAGAAAGCAGCAGAACGGUCUGGGUAGAGGUGAGGCAUGGGCAGGAAAGGCUUUUUGACAAACUGAAGGUUAUCUGCACCUUGGCUCAUGCAAUUUUCAUUUGCCUUGUAUUUAAUGAUGAAUUAUAUCAGCUCUGUUUGAGGACAAGAGUGAGAAAUUUUAGAAAAUUGCUCGAGGUGAGAAAAAAAAAAUUGAACUGA